AAAAAAGAUAUUUGAAACAACUUUCAUUUUGAUUGCAAAAUAAGUUUAAAAUUAUUGAUUUCGUUGUAUGAAACAUGAUCGUCUUUUUUAAAGGUACGAAGACGUACCGCUAGCUUCUUUAUUUACCAAAUUAUCUAUGAAGUCAAUUCAGUCAAACAACGACCGAGUGCAAUAAAGCACAAUGAGCUGUUCCCUGUACCUAGGUCUUUUGACUGCUCAGGCAUUAAGUAAUUGAUUACUAGCCAACCAAUAGAUGCUUUUGGAAGAUUUGCUGAAGCCUGUUUCCCUGACCUAGCUAUAAUGCGCAAUAAGUAGGAAACAUUUUGAUAUAUUCGCGUCAUACAUGUAGGGAUACAGGAUAAAAAAUUUCACAAGUGCUGAAGUCAGAAUGAUGAAAACAUUGAUACUUUUAUUUUCACUCCUCGUUGCGUGUAACUGUGAUAUGUUCGAACAUCUCAAAGAAGGAGCAAAAUGUCAAGAGUUGUCAUUAUCGGAAUACCAGGAAAAGAAUAGGGAAUGUUUAGAUGAAAAUAGAACUGCUCACUGUCUGAUUGAUGACCAGAACAAUCAUGGCUUGGUUUGUGAAAACAUCUUGAAAAUCCCGAAAGGAAAGUGUCCUUUCUUUGACACCAAGAAAGAGAGAAUGGAUAUCAGGCCAUGCCAAGGGAAGAACUGUCCAAGCGAGGAAAUAUAUUCACUAACUGCAGUAAAAUUUGAUGGCUGUUAUGAAAUAUACAGAGAAAACCAUGAUGAGCAUACUGAAUUUUGAUUCAGCUACUACAAUGGCCAGGCUUCAAAAGGAUCAGGCGAUUUUUUUUCCACCUAAACUCUAUUUAUAACUUUCGGCAUUAAGGCAGCACAACAUUGAAAACCCCGGUGUCUGCAAAGUGCCAGGCGGACAAACUGGAUAUAAAGCAAAAAAAUAAAAUAAAUUAAAUUCUACUUCUGAAGGACUUUUUUAAUGACGUAGGCAACAUUCUUUAUACGAUACAAAAUAACUUUUUAGCCAAUCAGAAAGCGCGUUACAACCAGAAUUAAAUUAUUUGUCUAUAGACGAAUAUAUGUUCUUGAUAAUGAAAACAAUAGUGUUAAAGAGAGUAAAAACUAUGUAUUGCAUACAGUUGAUUACAAAUAAAACUGAUAAGAUUUUGAAAUUUACUACUAUUUUCAAAUAAAUGAUGUUGAAAAGAAAUAAUAUUCAGAUUAUUAAUUCUGAGGUUAGAAACUUUUACUAUUUGUUAACACGUAACGAAAUAUAUACGAUGGUUAUCCAAAAAGUUCGUAGAAACCAGUACUUUUAUCAAAAAUAACGUAGCAAUUGUCAAAGAAAGUAUUUCAAUAUUUUUAAUAUUGAGCAUAAUGUUUAUGUAUUAGAAUCAAAUCAAUGUCCGUUUUGUUCCGUAAAAACAACUUAGAAGUUAAAAUUGCUUUCCUCUAUAAUGUCGGAGGAAACCCAUUAUGCUCUUGAAUCUGAUUCUGCGAUAAAGUUUCCCUGAAAAUGGCUAAAAAGACUAUAACUCAAUUUUUAAUCGCUUUGUUUUAAAUUUCCAACUGCUCUGCGACUUCAACAACUACUAUUCCGCCAAGCUUCAAUCGUUGUUUUUUUUUUCAAUUGUACAAGUGAAUUUUCUUUUCUGUUUCACUUUAUUAUAAUAAAAAAGUGUUGUCUUGUCAAAA